CGUCGCGUUUCCGCCAUCCGUCGAUUCCAAGGGGCCUCACGAGCACGACGCGGAGAAGAGAGAGGGAGAGAGAGAGCACGCUGCCAUUCGUUUCGAGCUCAUAUACAUAUGCAUCGCUCUUUGGGCUGUUGCUUUCGCUAGUUUAUCCACCCGCUUCGCCUCCUUUCCUCGCCAAUAAACAAGAAGAAAUAGCGUUGAGGAUAGUCGCAGGGAGGCGAAGCGGAGGUGACAAUGGUGGUUCAGUUCAUGGCGAAGAGCUCUGUAGAAGAAGAUAGCAGAGGAGGAAGGGACGGAGAUGCGGCUGGGGUGGCCCGGCAUCCGUACGAUUUCCUUGAGUCGGGUCCUCGCAAUCUACCCUCCCCCAAUUGGAGAGAUCUCAUCCGCUCCAGCUGGAGGGACCCGAACUACAAGAGAAUGGUGAUAGCUUGCUUCAUUCAGGCCGCGUACCUGUUAGAAUUGGACAGACAAGACAAGAAGACAGAGGAGAAUGGCCUCGCUCCAAACUGGUGGAAACCAUUCAAGUACAAGCUAACACGGACUCUGAUCGACGAAAGGGAUGGCUCCAUCUACGGCGCGAUUCUGGAAUGGGACCGAUCUGCCGCCAUGGCCGAUCUGGUACCGGUGCGGCCGAGGGGUGCUCCCAAGGCCGUUCUGGCGCUCCGUGGGACGUUGCUGAAGAGCCCUACGAUACGGAGGGACUUGCAAGACGAUCUCCGCUUCCUUGCACGGGAGAGCUUGAAGGGCUCCGUCAGAUUCGCGGGAGCACUCGAAGCGCUCCAGUCGGCCGUCGCCCGCUUCGGCAGCACCAACGUGUGCAUUGGCGGGCAUUCCCUGGGAGCUGGCUUUGCUCUCCAGAUCGGCAAGGCAUCGGCGAUGCAAGGCGUGUUCGUCGACUGCCACCUGUUCAACCCUCCCUCGGUCUCGCUGGUCAUGAGCCUAAGGAUCAUAGGCGAGAAGGCGAGCUCCGUGGUGAGGAGAAUGAAAGUUGUGGCUCGUAGCGGUGAGGUCGCGGCUGCCGCAGAGGAAGCCAAGGCUUCGGAAAAGGAUGGGUCGUCCGCAGAAGCCAAGAGAUGGGUGCCGAAUCUGUACGUGAACAACAGCGACUACAUUUGCUGCUACUACAACCACACCGCCGGUGUCGGUGCAAACGGCAGUCCAGAUGCGGUGAAGCCAAUUCCUCGCAAUGGGGAUGCGGCGGCGAAGUUGUUUGUGGCAUCGAAGGGGCCUCAGAGGUUCCUGGAAGCUCAUGGACUUCAGCAAUGGUGGUCGGAUGAUAUGGAGCUACAACUGGCUCUCAGCCAUAGCAAGCUCAUAGACAGGCAACUGAGAUCCUUGUAUGCCGUCUCCCAACCCCAUCCCUCAUCGAAAUCCUAGUAGAACCAGCUGCUGGGUGCAUCUCUUCUUCUUCUUCUUCCACCUCUUUAAUUUUAGUUCUUUGUCCAUAAUGGUGAUACGUGCAUGAAGCAUUUCAUAUAAUCGACACAAACAGUUGAUUGAUUCA